GGCAGGGGAACACAUUCUCUCCUGGAGGAUUGCGGACACACGCAUGCACGCCAACACACGGAGAUAAACGUGCACGGAUGUUCUGCAUGAAGUUAACUGGGUCCAUGUAACCGCCUGUGGUCCGGAGCAGCGUGUGCGGGAGGGAACCUGUGACCAUGGCAGAAGGAGGGUGUGAGGAGGAGGAGGCGGCUCUGACCCGGGGCAGCGGGGUGUGUAAGUGGUUCAACGUGCGGAUGGGUUUCGGCUUCUUGUCCAUGGAGACCAGGGACGGAGCAGCUCUGGAGCAGCCGCUGGAUGUGUUCGUCCAUCAGAGUAAACUGCACAUGGACGGCUUCCGCAGCCUCAGAGAGGGCGAGGCUGUGGAGUUCACCUUUAAGAAAUCAUCUAAAGGACUGGAGUCUGUCAGGGUAACUGGGCCCAACGGGGCACCAUGUCUGGGCAGUGAGAAAAGACCAAAGAGUGCCCAGAAACGACGCUCCAAAGGGGACAGAUGCUACAACUGUGGAGGACCCGGCCACCAUGCCAAAGAAUGCCAGCUGCCCCCUCAGCCCAAAAAGUGUCACUUUUGCCAGAGUGUGUCCCACAUGGUGGCCAGCUGUCCAGUCAAAGCACAGCAGCAGCAGCAGCAUCACUCGUCUCCAGGCUCUCAGGGAACAGCCACCUCUCCGAGGGAUGAGGAGGAGGAGCACAGCCAGGCUGUCUUAUGAAACCUCAGUCAUUCAGGGAAUAUGUGAGAUUACUCACCGGAACACUGCUUACGUGUUACCUCAGGUUUUUAUUUAUUGAGUGGAAAAAAGGUUCUGAUUUUUUGGGGGGGAUUGGUUUGUUUUUACAUUUUUUUUCCUGACUUAGUGUCUUAGCUUUGGAAUGAAACAAUCAGACCUACUGUUGAUUCAGUCGUGUAGCAGCCACAUCUUCUGUGUUUGGACUGAUCUGACACGAUGCGUGCCUCUGCUAACUCAGCCUCUACACAAAAAUACCAACGCAAAAGUCUUACUGGUGGACAACCCUCCAAAACAUUAUACAUACAGGGUUCGAGGAAAGUUGUUCUGAGUGGUUUAAAGUUCAAUGGGUUUGACUAAUAGUUUGCAGCUGUAUGAAGAUUUUGACAUAGAGCCUGUUGGUUGUGAUGGAACAGAUGUGGCUUGUGAAGAUCAGAUGAAAAUAAUUAUAUAAAUGAUUCCAUUUAAAUGGGCUUUAUUUAAGUUUCUGCUGUUGCCACAUAGCUUAAGUUAGCAUUAGGAGCUGCUUACUUGCCAAUCAGGCCUCAACGUUGCAACGUUCAGUCCUGUACUUGCAGAGUAGCUGUCUCUAUCACUUCUUUGUGCUACUGGAGUUAGCAUUCGAACCAGCUAGCCCUGGCAUGGCAGGAUGGGACGGCUUCAAAGAAGGAUAUUCUAUAAGCUGUUUGACUAUUACAUGAAAUGAUGGCUGAAGCUCUCAGACAACCAUCGCCAGCAAACGUACAUAUGGCACCUUUAAGUGUUCGGCUCUGGUGUUGUGCAUGGUUGGAUGUUGGCAUGCCUUAAUGGGACGCUCCAUUGGAACACAGCCAUCAUUAAUCGUACUGUAUUCGUCUCAUUUCCACCUGUGCUUAAAUGAAUCCCACUGAGAAAUGAAUGUAGUUUUCACAUGUGAUCUUAGGCUGCACGCUGUACUUAUGUUAGAUAUGGGAAGCAGGUUAUAUGCAUUGAGUUCUAUUUUUCUGCAUUUCACUGCCGUGGGCUUUGCCUUUUAAAAACAGUUAGGAAACAGUCAAUGCACUUUGUGGAAAUGUUUUACAAUGUUACAGCUCCACAAUCGAAUGCAAUCCAGUUCCAUAACAUCGAGUUUCUAAUUAAUUAUAAGGAGAUAAACAUUGAAAAAUGUCUACAUUUCAAAGUACGUGGGUGUUACAAUACUAGAAACCCCUCUGAUUAUUAUGUAGCUUCAUACACCACCAUUAAUUAUGAUCUCACUGCUAAAGCGUACUGAUAUGAGCACCUUGAUGACAGUGUCAACACAAACUGAACACAGGCAUUAUACAAUUAGACUUUAUGGCAGAGGAUUGUGUUGGAUUGUAUGUAAUUAUACCUAAUGAAGUGGAUAUUGAGUGGAGCUUAUAUCAGAAUUUAUGAACUCAGAGCUGUAAUAAAAUAACUGUUUACAAAUGCUGAGUAAAACACAGGAUCCCUCAGUUCUAAUAGUUUCACUAUUAUUGAGAUAGUUUGGAUUUGAGAUGAAAUUGAAGUAGCUAACCCAGGUACACACUCCCACAUGUGAAUGUAAAGAGAAAAAUAAGCCCUGAGCUGCCUAACACUAGGACAUAUUAUCAGGUUUUAUUUUAAAAAAUGUCUCUACUUUCUAAUGGGGUUUAUACAAGGUGCUUUCAAAGGCCAGAUUCCAGAAACACCAUUAUUUCACUACACACUCACAAGUGAAAAAUAAUUACGUUUUUCAAUUAGUGGUGAAAUGUAUGUCUUAAUACCAAGUUGCGAUUUCAUAAUUUAAACUUAUAUGCAAGACCAGUGUUGAUUGUAAAGACAGGCUUUGUCUGCAGAACAGUAUGAAUCCAAAUGGAAUGUUUUAAACACAUACAUAUCAGGGAUUUCUCCGCAUAAACAAGAUGUUCUCAGUUCUUUUACUUGAAAGCUGCAGGUAAAGGAGAGAGAAUGAGUUGAGGCAUAGAUCUUGCUUUGGUUUUGCCUUUACUAGUUUUGAUGAAGGGGUUAAAUGUACAUAGAUAUUAUCUUUUUUUAUAUCAACUAUUUAUUCAGAACUGUUUCUGUACCAGUUAACCACCUGUUUUUAUGUGACUUUGGUUAAAGAUGAAGAGCAGGCUGAAAAUGUCAGAGCUCUACUUGUUUUGUUCCGGCCUGUGCUGUGAUUCAGGAAUAUCUUAGUUUCUACCUCUCAAUACAACACGUCUAAAUCAUCUAAAGGUUUGACAUCCUUUGCAAACAUGUUGGUCAGUAUGUCACAAAGUUUACGGCAAAUUCUGACAUUUCUAUUACUGUGUAAUUGUUGACUGACAUUUCAAUGUAAAGUCAAAUCUGUGUAUGUAAAAUAAUGUUCGUAGUUAUAUCAACCUACAUUCACAUUAUUUUGCGUCUUCAUUGUGAACUCAGGGAGAAGUUUUCUGAGAAUUUCUUGAAACUGACUUUCUUGGGUUGUUGAACACCCAGGGCACCGACUGCCCAACAAGCCAUGUACUAUCUCUAUGUUGUUAUCUGCCAGACCAAAUACAGCAGCAAGUGUAUCAAAGGAACCAUCCACUCUGAACAUCUGUCAGCAUGAUACACAUUGUAUUUCAGGGUAGAGUUUGUGCUUUUUAAUAUUUCUUGUGAGGACAAAUAACACAGACGAUGGGAUUUUAUUUAAUCCGUUGAGGGACAUUUGUUUCACUAUAAGAAGUUAUUUAAAUCAAUUAAUUGCAAAAUAAUCCCUGAAAUGCACCAAAUAUCGUGUUGCUAUAUAUAAAAAGAUGUGCAAACAGCCAAGAGUACUCUGGGAAUUCUCUGGGAGAGCCUUAAUUCAUCCAAAUGGAGAUUUCUUAACACAUUUGCGCUGACAUAUUUGAACAGUCUUACUCCAAUGGUAAGACAAUCAUAACUGGUCAGUCAGACACUGCAGCAAUCCAUUAACAUCAUUUAUAAUUCAAGUAAACAUGAAAACGAUCAUGAUGUUGUUUUUAUUGUAUAUAUUCAUUGUCUUCUUCCCAGUAUUAAUAUAAUGUUCAUGAUGAGUCUGCAUGAUAAUAAGUAGAAUAAUAGAUUAGCUAUUUUCAUGUGAAAAGGGACUGGGACUACUGACAGCAGAGCACAGAGGAGGUUCCAAAGCAUCAGCAUUGAUCAUCUUUAAGUAUCUAUUAUGUACUUGAGUUCACCGACCUAUGCUGCAGCACAAUGGGGUCUAAUCUACCAUUUAUAAUGCUCUAAUCCAAGUGAAGUUCCUGUGAUUUGUCGUGUUUUGUGUGUGUAGGCUGUAUUGAUUCUUAUGUGUGAGAAAUGGUCUGUACCAGUCCACCUCUGGUGGGGUUUUGGUUUUAAUAUGGACAACUUGAGAACAGCAUGUCCAACAAACUGUUUUGUAAGGUACAUUUUUUAAAUUUAGUGUUCUGUUAAAAUAUUUAUUACUUUCUGUGAACUGUAAAUUUUCAGCGUGAUAUGUGCCACCUCAAAAAGCUUUUGAUAUCUUUAUGCUUAUUGUCACAGUCAAAAUAACAAGAGACAUCAUACUUACUGGUGAUGUUAAUGCAGACAAAGAAUGUUGGAGUAAAGUGAAUCUUUCCUCUGUUCUCGUGGUAACACUGAACACACUGCAGCCUUAUGUCAUUCACAAAGUACAUUUGAAUAUGACUACAUUUGGACGAUUGUUUCACUUUGCUGAUUGCCCGUGACCGAAAUGAUUUGUGCUGCGAAACAAUGGCAAAUAAAUCAUCAACACUUGAGAA